UUCAUUACCUGCCGAAGGUGAACGCGUUUUUGUCUUUAAAAUAAAUUAAAUAAUUAAACUAAAUAAAUUCAUAAAAAUGUCGGAUAGUAAGGAUGUUGCGAAAAACGACGCUGAUCCCGAACUAGAUGACUUAUUGGACAGUGCCUUACAGGACAUGACGAAGAAACCGGAUCAGGUAGCAAAACCAGAAGAUGUACCACAGAAUAUGUGGAGUGAAGAGUUUAUAAAGGAAGCAGCCGCACAGUUUGAAAGCAACAUGGCAGCUAUUCUAGGAGGAUUUAGUGGGGUACCUGAGGACCAAAUAUCACAAGAACAAAUUGCUCAGACUUUUUCUAAAAUGGCAGAAGCGGCAGCACAAGUACUACAGCCGCCUGCAGAUGGUGCCGAUACAGAACCAUCACCUAACGACCCUGCAGUCCAGGAGAAAAUUGAUGAGGUUUCAGCAGCCAUCUCCCAAACUCUUCAAAACCUAAAUACGAACGCGGAAAAUCUGCAGACGCCAUUUUCGGACGCAGAUCUCGCGAAUAUGUUCAAUAAUUUCAAUCUUGGCGAGGGAGGAAACCAGGAAGGCAACAUGUUCCUACCAUUCAUGCAAGGCAUGAUGCAGUCAUUGCUAUCCAAGGAGGUACUGUACCCGUCGCUGAAGGAUCUAGUGGAUAAGUACCCUACCUGGCUAGCAGAUAAUAAGGGCAAAAUAGAGCAAAGUGAAUAUGAAAGAUUCGAAAAACAACAGAGUCUCAUGCAGCAAGUGUGUGCGGAGUUGGAACCCGAACAAGAAACCGAUGCGGAAGAUGUGAAACGAAAGCGCUUCGAAACUGUACUCAAGUUGAUGCAACAGAUGCAAGACCUAGGCCAACCCCCUACAGAGCUAGUUGGGGACAUAUCCGCUGCUCCAGAAGGCUUCGUUGCCCCCACCGGUCAAGACGCAUCACAAUGCACUGUCAUGUAGUGAUAGACAGACAUACUCCUGUGAGCGUACUAUGUAGUGUACAAAACGUAUAGACUAAUUGGUGCUUUACUGCGGAAAUGGAAAUAAUCAUCCAUCGUGCCUUGCCUUCUCUAUUCUGGCAUUUUAAAACUAAUCUUUUAUUCCAGUUUGAUAAAUUUAUUUCAGUCCUGUCAAAUGAAUUCUUAGGUCUGACGAACACAGAGUGAAGUGGAGCGAAAGAGCAGCGUCUUUUUUUUACCCGACUACGGCAAAUCCAAAAGGAAGGGGAUUUAUUAAUUCACUAUAGACACACACUUGACCACGAUCACACGGUUCACAUCUAAUGGGAAGUGAUGAUGUGAUCUAAGAUGAUAGACGUUUGCCUAUUCACCCUUGAAUUUCUCUUGAAUGAGUUUUUAUUGAAAACAACUUAAAACUGGAUUUUAUUUUCACUUUAUUUUUUAUUUAUUUAAUUAGUGCCGAUAAUAAAACACGGAAGAGACUUAAAUAGCACGACACGCGGCGCCUUUGUUUGCAAAAGGACGCUGCGCUUGGCUCCACUUUAUUCUGCAGGUGUGUGCUGCUUCUUAGGGGGAGGACAAUCUAAAUAUUUUCAUAGUGCAACCCUAGAUGUCCUCCCACCAGAAGCUGUGUGCUGUCUGUCAGACUGUCAGUCUAUCAGUCACGUUUCUGUUUCAUAUUACCUAUAUUAGAUAAAUAAUUUGAUUCUGGUUUAUUUGCGUAACUCAAAGCCACCAUAAGAUGGAGAAGAUAAAAACACGACGCGAUGAUUAUGAUUGUUUCUACUUUGUAGAAAUUACGACUAUCAUGUUGACGAUUGUUUUUAUAUAAAAGUGAU